AUGGCACGAACUGCACGAACGUAUGCGGCGAGGGACGGCAACGCCGAGGCAUCAGGAUCACGAGCAAGGCGGCGCGUGGAGAGCUCGCCGGCCGAGGAAGACGUCCGCGUGCCCGCUACCCAGGAGCCAGAGGGCGACGGCAACGACGAAGACGAGGAAGACGAGCCCCAGGACCCACGCGAGAACUGGACGAUCAAGACGUUCAAGGACGUGCCUAUCCGGAGCACUGUCGCAAUCGGAGAGGUCCGCAAGCUUGGCGACGAGCUGCUCAAGCGGGAGCGUAUGGCCGAGGACAGCAUCCAGGUGGCCAAGGAAACGGCGACGGCAUACGAGGCGGCGAGCCCGGGCGACAAGGUCAUCGACAGUAUACAGAAGCAGCUGAUCGACGACCUCGAGGCGCUCGCACGCAUCAACAUUCGCAAGGAGGCGCUGGAGGAGCUCACGACCGAGUUGCGGACGUCGGGCGGCAUGGACGACCUGUGGGCGUUCUACAAGAGGAGCAUCCAGGCCAGGGGAGCAGAAUACGGCGAGUUGACUCUGAGGAAGAAGUACGCGGACAACGACCACUUCAAGGAGUUCCGCGCCGGCAUCUGGGAGGUCAACCACGAGGGCGAGCCAAUCCCUCCCAUGACGCGGUGGCUCGAGCGCCAGGACGGGGACCCCGAGGACGACGACGUGGAGAUGGGCGGCACGACGCAGACUUACAAGUGUCCGAUCACGAUGCGCGUGUACGAGGACGCGGCCAAGAGUACCGUGUGUGGACACUACUACUCGUACGCGGCAGUACUUGAGCUGAUCGGCAACGCGACGCGCACACAGCGCCAGGGCCGUGCAGCACAGGCGCGCUGCCCGGUAGCGGGGUGCAACAAGGUCAUUACGCCGGAUGUGAUCAAGAAAGACCCAGCCAUGCAGCGCCAGGCGGACGCGUUCGUGCGCCGCCAGCGCGACCGCGAGGAGCGCGAGGCUGCCGACGAGUCGUACAUCGAGAUGGAGUAGGGUAGGGUGUAGAGGGGGCAGGCAGUCUGCGACGAUGCGAUGGCAUAGGGCUAUGGCUACAUGCUACAAGAUGCAAUAUGUGUCUGUCACUCUGAGCGGGCUGGUCUAGGCUAAGGGCGCUGCGAAGGCAGCCGGAGGAUGGUGCGCGAGAAACCAUCUACACGCACGCGCUGGACGCCGCGCUCGGCGGUGGGCGGCGGCGGUGGGGGCGGCGGGCAGAGCUUGUCUAGCGCGUCCCACCCGCUACUACUGUCGACGGCGACGCGCGCCGUGCUCAGUUGGAGAGGGGGCAGCGCGCCGUCCUCGUGCGCGCCGACCCGGAGGAGGGGGUACGCGCCGUCGUCUGCCGGCGUGGGGAGGGACGGGUCCGGCAUGGCGAUCAGCAGCGUCAUGUCGAGCGCUGGUGUGGCUGGGCGCUGGCCGGCCUCGUACUGGCUGAUGAUGCGCGUGAGGCCCGGGCCGGUGGUGCCGUCGACUGACUCGUGUGGUGGGAGCGCGAUGGCGACGGGAUGCCAGUGCUCUGGAUCAUCAAGCCAGUCGCCGUCGGCCUUCAUCUUCUCCUUCUCGCCGACCUCGACAUCGCUAUCCUCGUCCUCGUCGUCCUCCUCCUCGCCAACAAGCGCAUCCCACACGACCGGCUCGGGGCCGACGUCCCGCCGCCGCUUCCGCCGGUGCGCAGGCGGCGGCGGCGCGACGACGUACCCCCCGGCAGGGAGGUUGCGCAUGAUCUGCUGGUGCCGGUGGCGGCGGUACAGCAGCGUCGUGACGGCGGCCACGAGGAUCGCGGCGGCGAUCACGCUGAUGAUGACGAGCUGGUACGUGUUGGUGCUCGCCAGCCCCGUCGAGCCGGGGUACGACGACAUUGCGGGCUGCGGCGUCGGGGUCGGGGGGGUGGUGCGGUGCGGGCGCGCGACGAUGCGCGGUGGCGACGGGGAGGUGGGGCUGUCGUCGUUGGCGGGUGGUGUGCGUGCGUUGCGUACUGCUGCUGGCCGCGGUACCCUCGCCACCGGUGUGCUCGUGCUCGUGCUCGAGGCCGUAGACGCCGUGCUGCUCGUGCUGGCAGUGCUUGAUAAGAAGGAUGGCGAAGCUGCGUCGCCGCCGCCGACUGAACCAUGUGGUGGAGGCCGACCAAAGUGGUCAUCGAAGUUUGCAGCACCCCUUGUUGGUGUCGAUGACGCAGGCGCCAGUCGCCGCCCGCGCCGCAAUGGCCGUUGUUGGCUUUGGCGCACGACGACGGCGGCGGCGGCCGAGCGUGCCGAGCUGCGUCCACUCCGACUGCGGCGGCGGCGGUCGUCGUCGUCGUCUGCAGUAUAAGCAGCUGCAGUAGCAAUCGCCGCG